UGACCCUUAUCUGCUGUCCGGUUCUGUGUUCAUUCUGUCUCCUCACUACCCCUCUUCUGCGAACUAGACGAUCGAGAGCGCCGCUGCGGUGGAGGGAUCUAGCACAGUGGGGCUGCUCAUGAGCCCGCCGGCGCGGGCUCAUACCCCUUCCUUUUGUCCCUGUUCUACUUUCUUCCCCAACUCCCGAAGGCCAGCGCCGCCGCUUCUUCUCCAGCCGGGCCUGGGGAUGCUGGGGUGGCGACUAACGGGGAGAGGGGUGGUGGGGGUGUCGUCGGCCGCCGGUAGUUAUGGCGGCCGCCCCAACCCGCCACAAGGGAAGCGCCGCCCCUGGGCGUGGGGGUCCGUCCGGACCCGGAUGAUCUCUUCUUUCGUUGGGAGCAGAAGAGCAAGUCGCAGAAGCGUUAUUUGCGCUUCCCUGUUUGGAGUUGGAGCUCCCGAAGCACUGGUCAUUGGGGUGGUCGCCUUGUUGGUCUUCGGCCCCAAGGGUCUGGCAGAGAUAGCCAGGAAUUUGGGGAAGACUUUGCGUGCUUUCCAGCCAACCAUUAGAGAGUUACAGGAUGUAUCAAGGGAGUUCAGGAGCACUCUUGAACGAGAAAUCGGAAUUGAUGAGGUUCCCCCAUCCACGAAUUAUAGGCCCACUAACAUGAAUAACAGCCAACAACCAGCUGCCGACCCAAUCAAACAUCACAGAUACCCCUUGAUGAAUAUGCAGUAUGUCAAGCCUGAAACUGCUCCUUACACUAGCGAGGAACUCAUGAAAGUAACUGAAGAACAAAUUGCUGCAUCAGCGGCUGCUGCCUGGAAUGCGCAACAACCUGCCCCAUCACAACAGCAAGAAGCAGCAUCCACUGUUCAAAGUACCGACACCGCUACAUCAGGAGGGACUGAUAAUCCUGCUGCUGCUGUCACUGAGUCCGAUCCAAGCCAAGCAAAUCAGUCUGAGAAGGUGGAAACCGAGAGAUAAAGCCACUUAAUAGUUUGGCACUGGAGGGAGAGAGCAAUUAAAUCAGGACGAGCAGUUUUGUUUUUAUUUUGUGAGCUGGAGAAGAUGCUUAGGUUUGUUCAGUUGUUCUGUUUAUGUUGUGCUAUUGUAGCAUGGGCAGGUAGGUGCAAAAGGCUGGGUAUAUUUCCGGCGCCUUGUGUUGCCACGAUCUUUGUAACAUUCUUAGUCUGUCGUGACCACGAGGUUGUAUGGAGUAAUUUUUAGCCACAUUAAAAUCAAGAUUCAUGGAGAGGUGAUUAUGUUC